AUGGCCGGCGGUUCAUCGCGCAAGUCGCGCAAACGGGCCCCCGGCUCGCCGGUGCUCGCCCAGGCCAAAAUCAAGCUCCCAAAACUGCUGCUCAAGGCGGACGCAAGUGGAAAGAUUUCGGUGACCCGCAUAAACGAUCCGCCGACAGAGGAACGGACGCGUGACGAACAGUCCAGCAAAAACACGCCUUCCGGAAGUUCUGACAAGAAGCCGAAGAAAGAAAAUCAUUCGAAGAAGGAAAAUCAUUCUUCGGGCGUGAAAGCUAGUAUAUCGACCACUUCUACUACCGCAAUCGCCUCGGGAGCUGACCUCGUAGAAGGGCCUGAGAAACAAAAGAAGCCCAAGAAACCGUCGUCGGCGGCUGAAAAGUUGAUUACACCGCUCGCUUCUACCAGCCGCAACGGACACGUGAAGGGCGAGGACAGAUCGGAGAAGAGAAAGAGUGACAAGAAGUCGUUGGAAAUAAACGAAAAAGUGCGCGUGGAAGAAGAAAGUUUCAUUGCCUUGUCCGCUUCUACAAGUCACAUCUCCUCCGAGCUCAAGCCCAAUGACAGCCCGCCGAAGGAACGACCGGCCCAGACGGCGCGCAGCGCGCAGAUGUCGGCUAGGAGGAAACAAUUGCGCGAGCAGAAGAAGGCCGAACAGCUUGCGAGCGAAAAGCUGAAGGCCGAGCUUGCCGACGCGGUGUUGCUUCCUCCCCCGCCGCCGCCACCAAUUUUGGAGCCGGUUGAAGGCCAAAAACUCGCACCCGAUGCCUCUUCGCCGAUCGCCCCCAGCAGAUCUCAGGAGGUCGUGACGGCCACCGCCAAGUUGGACGCGAUGCAAGCGUACGCUUCUACGGAUGACGAGCACUACUACACGCCGACCAAAGCGAUCACCGCUUCUCACGACGACUCCACGCCGACCGUGCAGCCGGCGGGGACGGACAGCUUAUCUACGCCCAUUUCGCCGCUCAACACCGAUGCUUUCUUUACGCCUGGGACCACCGGAUAUAUCGGCCCGGUGUUUAAAUUUACCGCGGCUCGGAAGCAAGGAGAAGCGAAUGGGGUCGCGCAAGGUGCAAAACCGCCAUUCACCAAGGACUCGACGUUGAACGGGGGCUCUGCCACAAGGACGCCUUCCGUUACAAUUAUCGCAGACCUGAGAAAGGAUCUUCACAAAAGGAAACUCGAUUCAGCAAAGUCGACGGCCAACAAGGGCGCGGACGCUUCUACGCCGCUUGCGCGGGUCACGACAAAGCCAGCCAGAUCCGAGAUUGAUCUGGCGAAGUCUGGCAGGUCGGCCUUGGACGUGGCUCGGCAAAAACUUCAUGCGGACCGCUUGAAGAAACCUAACACCGACUUGUCGAUCCCAAAGCCUACCCCGCCGCAACGACAUGGUAUACAGGGUCUGGCCGAAAAGCGUGCCGAGCUGGAGCGGCAGAAGGCACUGGACGCUAGGAAGCUCAAGGAGCAAGAGAGCCACGCGGCAGCGGAGAGGAUGCGCGAGGCGACGAAGAUUGAGGUCGAAAAGAUGCGGCUGAGCGAUCGUCGGAAGCGCGACACGCAUCCGGUCUUCCAAGAAUCGUGCUUCUACGACGCGUGCGACAUCGUCGACGCCUGCGCCAAGCUGUGGGGCGACGCCAUCCCGAGCGAAUGGCUCGAAGGCCAUGAAGAUUACGAAGAAUCCGUGGACUCAGGCGACGAAAAUAAUAAGCAAACCAUGACCGGAAUCGUGGGC